CCAUUGUAUCAAACAGUACAGAGACGGGCUAACGGGCUGCUUUGUAGCUGAAGGCUGCUGUGUGAACUAGUGGCGUAAAGCUGUAUGGACUUCUCCUGAUAUGAACUUACAGUGCUAUGAAGUUACAUAGCGCUGAAAAUAAGUGAGCGGACCGUUCUGUUGACAUGGGAGAGACGCCCUUCUGCCUGUUGAAAGUUAUUGUGCUAUGAGAUCGCCCUUUGAAACUACUAUUUUAAGGUGGAAAAGUUUUAUAUUGUUGCUUUAAUGUCAGAAAUAGGACAGCUUGUAGAGAAAAACACGUCAGGUUCCAUUUUAACCGUCUAAAAUCAAAAAACAAAGAUUCACCUUAGAGCUGAUAAAAAUCUUUGAAACAAGUUUCCUUUCUGCCAGCAGCUCAAUGCAAGGUGACCUACCAGAUACACACACACACACACACACACACACACACACACACACACACACACACACACACACACACACACACACACACACACACACACACACACACACACACACACACAUGCAAUGUUAUACCUGACUUGAGCCGGCUGUCUGCAGGCUGUAAUAACCAGCGGAGUGGAACCCUAACUGAGCUUUCUCUCCACUCACCUUCAAGUCCAGAUAGAAUCACCAAAACAUUUUUUUCUCAGCUCCUUGAAUUUCCAGUUUUACAGACAGAAGAUCUUCACUGUGAUGGUGGAGGGUAAACCAUAUCGAUACGGGCUGAUAGCAGCAGGCCUGUGUGUGGUGUGUGUGGGCCUCUUCAUCAUGACUCAGGAGCGGCCGCACAUUUACGCCACCUUGUGUGCUCUGGGCGUCACCAUGGUGUGUGUCGGGACUGUGUGGAGCCUCUGCCAGUGCUACCCAAAGGUCAUCGUGGCUCCUGAGACUCAGGAGAAAAGUCUGCAGGAUGGAGUAUGUUCUGCAGCUGGAGCACUAGAAGAAAGACAUCCUGAGGCUCAUCUGACUCUCUGUGGGCAGAAGUCGAGCAGCAGACAACUUCUUUCUGGAUCCCUGAAGAGUCAGUGUCACAGCUGUCCCAUGCUGCAUCUGGUCUAAGCGAGACCCCCGUCCUCCUGCAGGGUCAGACCCGAACUCUCCCCUAUACUCUCAGGACAGUGAAGAGAUCCUCUGAUGUCUCUGCCUCACUUAGAUGAUAUUAUUAAAUGUUUAUUUUUUAUUUUUUUACAGUAAAUGGAAGAGACUGAUGAUAUUAACAAUUUUACAGAGAUCACAUUGUUGUUAAUACAGUUACAUUUGUAUUGCAUGGUAGUUCCAGAAGAUGGCACUCUCUACUACUCCAGAGAAAGUUUGUUGGGGACACUGCAAUGGCCUACAUGAACUUGAAAAAAAUCUGCACUUCCAUGCACAAGACUUGUCUUAGAAGCAUAAAGUCUGGUUCCCUCUCACAUUCAAACAGAUUUGAACAACAAUCUAUAAGAUUUAGCACAGACUGGGUAUCUUGCAGGGAUGAGAGCACACAAGACUAUUUCCCAUCAUGCUCUUGGUUUAAAUUUAUGAGGAGGAAAAAUGGAUAAAGAAGCAAAAACAGGAGCAGCUAUAGACCUAAAAAAAGCUUUACUUGCGUGUGCAGCUGAUUGCAUUUAUCAUGAAAACUUUAUAUGACAUUGAUGUGUUUAUAGCAGCUUUUCACUGCCCCCAGUGGCCAAAAACAAAUGUUCUUUUGUGUAACGUGUUGAACAGUUUCAGUAGACUUUUGCCUUUCUGGAUUGAGCCCUGUUCUUCCUAUUUUGGUGUGUUGGUGAUGACGGUGGAGAUGGCUGUCUGAAAUAGUGGGCCAAUUUGACUGUAAACCCCAUAGAUCAGUUUCAAAUAAUUUUACUCCGUACUGAACCUUUCAGUGUCCCCCUGGUGCCUCCCAUCAUAAUGUCCUUUGUAUUGAUCUACAGUUGUAACUUGUAAUUGAACAAGCAGACCUAUAAUAAAAUGUUUGAAAAUCCCGUAA